GGGGGCCGGCGAUGCUGGAGGAAAAGAAACUGGGCGGUGCAAAGCGCGCCGGGCCGGGCCAAGCGGGCCGCACUCCGGGCUGCGCAGCGGAGCCGAGCGGGUCGGAGCCCAGGGCCUUCGUACUCAGAUACUGUGUCAAGAUGGAACGAGAGUGUAUGGGCAAGAUCAACAGUUACUGUCAAAAGAAUAAAUUACAGCUUGAUUAUGUGACUGUGGACAGGACAGGCCCAUCUCAUGAUCCUGAGUUCAAGGUUGUGGUUAAAAUAAACAAUGUAGAAUAUGGCAAGGGCACUGCUAAAUCUAAGAAGGAAGCAAGAGCAGUAGCAGCAAAAAACACAUGGGAAAUGAUUGAACAAGAGCAAAAUAGUCUUUCAAAUAUGCAAGCUCCAGAACAAAUGAUGUCUCCAGUGACCUCACCAUGUGGACUAGCUGUGGAUGUGCGACUUUCAGUUGACUAUGUCAGCCGAUUAAAUGAGUAUUCACAAAAGACAUUGCAAGUAAUUAAUUACAAUAACACAAACCGUGUUGGAGAUGCCCAUGAGCCCACGUUUUAUUGUAGCUGCACAAUUAGUGGUCACGUUUAUGGCCGUGGUACUGGAAACUCUCUAGGUGCUGCAAAACAAGCCGCUGCAAAAGAAGCGUAUGAGAAGCUACGUGAGCUUGAAUCUCUAACAACAGGAAGUGAAAAAUCUAUCACCAGUUCUUCAGCUAGUGAACCUAAUUCCCCUGGAGAGUCAGUUCAGUCUGGGGGUAUUCACUUUAAAGACUCAAAUGCAGACUUGGUAGAAAAAAUGAGAGACAUGUUGCCAUCUGAAAAGGCUUCACCUUUGCAGAGAAUUGGACAAAAUUCUGCCAUGAAAUCCACAAGAAAAUUGGCAGCUAAUUUCAAUAAUGCAAAUAACAAAGAAGAAAAAAAGAUGUCAGAUUCAAACAAAAGCUUGCCAAAUACCAGUGAGGAAAAUGAAUACACUGCGGAUGAAAGAUUUCUUAAGGACUAUAAAAAUAUAGAGCCUAUUGGUGAAGGUGGUUUUGGGAAUGUUUUCAAAGCAACAGCAAAGACUGACGAGAUAACCUAUGCAGUCAAGCGAGUUGAGCUUAAAAUGAAAGAAAAGCGUGAAGUACGUGGACUUGCAGGACUUCAACAUGAAAACAUAGUGCGGUAUUAUUGUAGCUGGGAAGGGCUUGACUAUGUGACUUAUCCAGACUCAAGGCAGAGGUCACGAACAAAACGCCUUUGCCUUUUCAUCCAAAUAGAAUUCUGUGAACAAGGAACACUGGAAGAUUGGAUUGAAAAUAAUAGACGAAACCGAAAGUAUCAUGAGAGGGCACAAAACAAAUUUUUACAAAUACUGGAAGGAGUGAACUAUAUUCAUUCCAAAGGGUUAAUUCAUCGAGAUCUCAAGCCUCAGAAUAUAUUCAUAUCGCGUGAUGGUAAAAUAAAAAUAGGUGACUUUGGUCUUGUGACUUCUGUGGCAUAUGAAACUCUGACUGAGAACCGAGGAACAAAAUCAUACAUGGCACCAGAGCAGGUCUUUGACAAAUAUGGAAAGGAAGUAGAUAUUUAUGCACUGGGAUUAAUUUGGUUUGAAAUUCUUUCGGCAUUGGCCAGUCAUCAUGAGAAAAAUAUGGUAUGGCAUGAUGUAAGAGAAAGUAAAUUUCCAGAGGACUUCACUGAGCGAUUUAAAACACAGGUACCCAUAAUCAGAAGGAUGCUUUCAAAGGACGCCUCAAAAAGGCCCCGUGCAUCUGAAAUACUUGAGCUUUUGAAGAGUGUUGAUAAAGACAACUCACUUAAAGCUCAUACUCAGUAAAUGCCAUUUUAAAAGUCUUCCAGAUCAUGCUUAAAUCCAGUUUGAUUCAAACUUAUGAAAUUCCAUAAAUAUAUCAGAAGCAAGAGCAAGACUUAGGACAUGUCUUUUCCAUGGUGUUUAGCCUUCCUGCCAUUGAGGAGCUUGCUGGCCAAAAUGGUCACAUCACCGUUCGCUCCCACUGGCUGCAGAUCAGAACAGCAAACAUCUGCAAAUAAUUGCUUGCAAUUUUUACGUGGAAACACAGGUUAGGUAUGAGCUGAACUAUAUUAUACAAUAAGCACAGGAACCUAGUCCUUGUCUCCCGUAAGACUGUUGAUGUGAUAACUGGCCUGUGGCAACUCCCUAUGUGUGUGCUCUUAACACAUGCUCAAUCCGUUAUCAGUUGAAGUGGAUGAAGUCUGUCUUGUGGCACAUGAAUCAAACCUUUCUGUUUUUUCAUAGUGAUCUUUAUAUUAAUCACUAGACUCCCCCCCACCCCUUUAGACCAGAGCAGGUAAUGUGCUGAAUUGGAAAGAUCGAUUUUGGUAGGAAGAAUAGUAGAAAGCAGUGGGGUUUAUUCCUUACUGAAUUUCAGGUCUUCAAAAUGAAUUUUCUUCUCACUAUAUCCACAGAUACAUCUAGCACCUUUAGUGUGCUAAAAUUUAAAUACUCUUUUAAAGUAGGUUUUCCUUGAGAAUGUAAAUGUUUUAAAUGUUAAGCAUCUAGCUUCUAGGAAAUCUAGUUGAAAGAGAUUUAUCCUAAACUUUUGAAACCCUCAGCAUUUUUUUGUUUUCUGAAACAAAGUUGGGGUACGCUAAGUCUCCAGAGUUUUCUCAAUAGUAACCAUUUUAAAUACUUUCUCGAAAGCACUUUAAACAUCCUCUCCCCCAUACUGCUGGGUUUUAAUCGCUUAUGGUAGUACUGAGGCAUGUGUAACUGAUAACAGGUGUCCUGAACACCUCUCAUGGACUUACCAUCAGCUCUGCAAAAGGUAACAGCAGAUUGCCUGUUACUAUUUGGUUACAUACUUCAAAGAUUACAGCUGUGGUAGAAUAGGAAGAAUUGUGCAGGGGAGAAAAGAUGGGCAAAUUAGUCCUUCCGAUUCCCAUCUUUGAAUUGUUUGAAAAGGUACAGCUCACUCCUGUGGAACUCCAUAAAGGCAUAUGCACAGAGAUUCUAAGCAGGAAAAUAAGUAUGAUGUGAUGAUGUGUAGUAAAGAUAAAGUAUAAUAGGAUUUUUCUAAAAUCUUAAACAGGUUAAAGGUGGGUGUUUGGUUAAAAAGAAUAAUAUCAAAGAAUACAUAGUCAUUUUUAUACUCUUAUGGAAAUCUAUUGCUGAUCCCCUGUAAGUGGUGCUAAAUAACGGUCUGAUUUUAUGUCCUUUUCUAAGAACUGAUUUUUUUUUUUCCCUUAUAAUGAAUGUUAUUGUUCAUAAAUAAAGCAUUCAAUUGUUUUGGA